UGUUUCAGUUCCUGUCCCAACUUACUCCCACCGCUGGGCAUGAACGGGGCAGGAGAGCCCGAUCCGGGCGGUGGGGGCUACAAGAGGCGUUAUAGAGCCUUGAAGAGGAGGCUCAAGUUCCUGAUCUAUGAACAGGAAUGUUUCCAAGAAGAGUUGAGAAAAGCGCAAAGAAAACUCUUGAAAGUUUCACGGGAUAAAAGUUUUCUACUUGAUCGCCUGCUCCAGUAUGAGAAUGUGGAUGAAGAGUCAUCAGACUCGGAGGCAACAGCAUCCUCUGACAAUAGCGAUGGGGAGAUGCCCAAGGGAACAGAGCCACAGUCCUUAAAGAGAAAACGCAGCCCCCAGCUGGGCAGUGCCUCAUCUCCUUCAUCUUCAGGUCUUUCUCUCCAGCCCACGUCUGGCUUUGGGAUCCCAGCUUCAGGGACACAAUCCCCCUACUUAACCUCUCUGGCCUCACCCCCUUAUGCUCCCUUUCCCUCUGACUACUUGGCGCUGGGACCUGAGCCUGGGCCCCCCCAACCUGACACCAACGCUACUCGCUCUGCCCGGCGGCCCCCAAGGCCCCGCAAGCUCAAGCUCCCGCUGCCCCCGACCUCCCACUCUGACUGCUCCCCUGUGGUAGUGGGGAUGCCCUUUCCUUCGCCCCGUGGGACCCCCAAGCUGCCACCGCCCACCAUCCUCAGCACGGUGCCUCACCAGAUGUUCAGUGACACGGGGGAGGGGAGUGGCGAAGACCCCCUGGACGGCGACGAUGAGCUGGUCAUCGACAUUCCCGAGUGACAGUGGCGAGCCGCGUCUCCUGUUCAAAGGACACAGGCCUCUCUGUGGUGUGUGAGGGGGAUGGUGCCCCACAAUUUUAUUUUUUUGUUUACAGACUCCAAAAACAUGCAAAACAGUCAAUAAAUGAAUUUUUUUUUUGUAUAAAAAAUUCCACUCACCAUUUCUGUACCCCUCCUUCACCAAAUCUUUCCCGCCGUCACAUAAGCUUCCCUCUUCUCCUAAAGCCCUUAGAACAAUUUGCCUCAUAAUGAGGCCAG